AUGUCGACCACCAUCGAGGCAGGCGCCCAGCGCCAGGACACCGGCUCCGACAUCGAGAAGUCCGCCAACUUCAACAAUGGCGUCCAGGAGGUCAACGCCAACCCCAACAACAACAAGGAGGGCGACUCCGACGCUGAGAGCGAAAACUUCCAGGGUGGUGUCCAGCGCGUCCGUGCCAUCACCUCCGUCUGGACCAAGAAGACCCUGAUCAGCAUGUUUGUCCUGAUCUACAUCGUCUCUUUCGCCGAUUUGCUCCUGCAGUCCAUCCAGAGCAACCUCAACGCCUUCGUCACCUCGUCGUUCCACAAGCACGGUCUCCUCUCCAUCGUCGGUGUUUUCGCUACUAUCCUGUCAGGAUGUUGCCAGGUCACCAUCGCCAAGAUCAUGGACAUCUGGGGUCGCACGGAGGCCUUCCUGAUCAUGAUUCUCUGCUCUUGCAUCGGUGUCAUGAUGAAGGCCGUCUGCCAGAACAUGGAAACCUACGUCGCCGCCCACACCAUCUACUACGUCGGUCACUUUGGUAUGCUGUUCGUCCUCGACGUCAUGGUCGCCGAUAUGACCUCCCUCAAGAACCGUAUGAUCAUGUUCGGCAUCAACGGCACUCCUAACGUCAUCGUCGUCUUCGCCGGUCCCAAGAUCGCCGACCUGUUCUACACCAACCUUAACUUCCGCUGGGCCUUCGGUGCCUUCGCCAUCAUCAUGCUCGGUGUCUGCGCUCCUGCCGCCGCCGUCAUGUUCCUUAUGCAGCGCAAGGCUGAGAAGGCCGGUAUGCUCCAGAAGAUCAAGUCCGACCGCACCUACCUCCAGGGCUUCCUUUACUACCUCGUCCAGUUCGAUGUUGUCGGUAUCAUUCUGCUUACCGCUGCCUUCUCCCUCUUCAUGCUGCCCUUCAACAUCGUCUCGUACGCCGCCCACGGCUGGAAGUCUGCCCACAUCAUUGCCAUGCUGGUUCUCGGAAUUCUCUGCGUCCCCGCCUUCUACGUCUGGGAGAAGUACUUGACCCCCAAGAGCUUCAUCGCCUGGGAGUACCUGAGGAACAGGAACAUCAUUGGCGCUGGUCUUCUCUACGGCCUCAUGUUCCUUUCCAUCUUCUGCUGGGAUACCUACUACCAGUCUUACCUCCUGGUUGUCCACAGACAGAGCAUCACCAACGCCGGUUACAUCCUUAACUGCUUCUCCCUGGCCUCCUCCUUCUUCGGUCCUCUGUUCGGAUACAUCAUUCGCCUGACCGGAGACUUCAAGUACACUGCCCUCGCUGGUGUUCCCUUCAUGCUUCUGGGUACCGCUCUCCUGAUCCCCUACCGAACUCCCAGCACCAGCGUCGGAACCCUCGUCGUUCUCCAGCUCCUCAACGGUAUCGGAACCGGUAUCUUCGCCGCCUGCGCCCAGAUCUCCGUCAUGUCCGCUGUCACCCACCAGGAGAUUGCCUCCGCCAUGGCCAUCUUCUCCCUGUUCGGCUCCGUCGGUUCCACCACCGGCUUCACCGUCGCCGGUGCCAUGUGGAACAACAUCAUGCCCACCGAGAUCUACAACAGACUCCCCGAGGACGCCAAGAACCAGACCGCCACCAUCUUCGGCGACGUCACCGUCCAGCUCUCCUACGCGGACGGUGACCCCAUCCGCGACGCCAUCGUCGGCGCCUACGGCAGCAUCCAGCACAAGAUGGUCAUCGCCGGCGCCUGCUUCGUCCCCCUCUGCGUUGCUAGCAUCCUCAUCUGGAAGCGCAUCAACCUCAAGCAGCUCGAGAAGGAGAAGGGCCCCCAGACCAAGGGCAACGUCUGGUAG